CUAGUCGAUCACAUCAGCAUUGCACCGAGCCCACUCUCGUGCAGGACCUGAAAACAUUUCGCGAUAGAUGAACCGACGGUACAUUUUAUAUUAAAGACUACCCUGUCCUUGCGAAUACGCUUUCUUCUUGUUGUUUUGAAGGACAUGUCCUUCGGUGCUGGGCGAUAUCUCAAGCACAUCUCUGCCCCGAGCCUGCGUCACACUUUGUCGAGUUCGUCGAACCUGGCAUCCAAAGCAACCCUCAGCUCCGACCCCUCCCCCACGAGACUCGUCUCAAGCCCCGGGCCCGCACUGCGACUUGGUGGGUUAUCGCGACACUUGUCCUCCUCAUCCUCAAAGAUGGCUCCUGUUACGAAGCAAUAUGACUACAUUGUCAUUGGUGGUGGAUCCGGUGGCUCCGGCGCUGCUCGAAGAGCUAGCGGGUGGUAUGGAGCAAAGACAGCGAUUAUCGAUGCAGGCAUCUCUGGGGGAUGUUGUGUCAAUGUCGGCUGCGUUCCCAAGAAAAUGACAUGGAAUUUUGCAUCCAUCAAUGAAGCCAUCAAAGCCGGCAAACAUUACGGCUACACCACCGGCGAGGUGUCAUUUGAUUUCAAAUCAUUCGUCGAGAAGAGAGACGCACGAAUCAAGGUGUUGAACGGAGCAUAUGAGAGCAAUUGGGCAAAAGAAGGAAUUGAGCUGAUCCAUGCCACUGCAACAUUUGUUUCUGCACACGAACUCGAGAUCAAGCCCAAGGAUGGCAGCGAGGCCUACAGAAUCACCGCUCCUCACAUCACCAUUGCUACCGGUUCAUUCCCGACCAAGCCAGAGAAAAUUCCCGGAUCGCAGUAUGGCAUCACUUCGGACGAAUACUUCCUGAUCAAGCACCUGCCCAAGAAGAUGGUCUUUGUCGGGGCAGGGUAUAUCGCUGUGGAACUCGCAGGCGUGAUGAACGCCAUUGGAGUUGAGACGCACCUGUUUAUCCGAGGAAACACCUUCUUGCGAAAGUUCGACCCGAUGAUCCAGGAAACACUGACCAAGCAUUAUGAAGAGGCCGGCGUGAUUGUCCACCGCAAUCACCCAGGUAUCAAGGAGGUCAUCCAAUUGAAUCCUGGGGCAGACGAGUCCGAUCCUCGCGAGAAACAGCUGAAGAUCAUUUCCAACGACGGCUCAGAGAUCGUGGCCAAUGAGUUAUUGUGGGCUAUUGGUCGCAGUCCUGAGACCCGGGGCCUAGGCCUGGAGAACCUGGACAUAAAACUCCAAAAAAAUGGACAUAUUGCUGUUGACAAAUAUCAGAACUCAUCCGUCGAGGGUGUUUAUGCUCUCGGGGAUGUGACUGGCCAGGCCGAACUUACCCCUGUAGCCAUCGCCGCCGGACGACAACUCGGAAACCGACUAUUUGGUCCGCCAGAGUUGAAAGAGUCGUUCCUGAACUACGAUCUGAUUCCAUCGGUGGUGUUCUCGCACCCAGAAGUCGGUACCACGGGGUUGACAGAGCCACAAGCCAUUGAGAAAUAUGGCAAGGACAAAGUCAAGGUCUACAACACAAAGUUUUCGGCCAUGUAUUACGAUGUUUUCCCUCCUGAGGAGAAGAAAAAGAACCCAACCCAAUUCAAAUUGGUGACUAUCCUGCCGGACGAGAAGAUCGUAGGCUUGCAUAUCCUCGGUGAUGGUGUCGGGGAGAUGACUCAAGGAUUUGGCGUUGCGGUCAAAAUGGGCGCAACCAAGAAGGACUUUGACAGCACUGUUGCCAUCCACCCGACGAGUGCUGAAGAACUAGUCACCUUGAGGUAAUCAAAGAUGGUGUUCAUAGAGUUCAAAGAAAUGUCUCUGUGCAUGUGUGAGGCUCAGAACUAGAAUACGGCUAAUAUACAGAGGUUCUGAUGUAAAUUACCACCACCUCUAACGAUUCCUACACAAACAUAUAUGUAGAUGGGAUGAUAACUGCCUCCCAAGGUCCAUAUCAAUGCUUCAUCGCAAAUCUCCGUC